AUGGCAUCUCGUUCGCUUGUGAUCAUCAGUCGCCGAGGAGCGAGCCGGCUUACGACUCCACUCAGUGCCGCUCGUGUCACCCCGACUCUUCAGCAAAGCGUUCGCGGUGUGUCGACCACUUCAGACCAAAAGGCGCUCCACACAACAACCACCGUCUCCGCCGAAGCACAGAAGGCUCCAGCUCGCGCAACCGCCAGCAACUCGAAGGGACGCAUUGUGGCUGUCAUUGGUGCCGUCGUCGACGUGCAAUUCGAUGAGAACCUUCCACCAAUCUUGAACGGACUCGAAGUCACCGGGCGCAAGCCACGUCUCAUCCUUGAGGUCUCCCAACACUUGGGAAACAAUGUCGUGCGAUGCAUUGCUAUGGACGGAACUGAAGGACUUGUGCGAGGCCAGGAAGUCGUCGACACCGGAAGUGCGAUCAAGAUCCCAGUUGGACCAGAAACGCUUGGAAGAAUCAUGAACGUCAUCGGAGAGCCCAUCGAUGAAUGUGGACCAAUCGGAGCAAAGCAUUUCGCCGCCAUUCACGCCGAGGCUCCAGAAUUCGUGGACAUGUCCGUCGAGCAAGAAAUCCUCGUCACUGGAAUUAAGGUCGUCGACUUGCUUGCCCCAUACGCCAAGGGAGGAAAGAUUGGACUCUUCGGAGGUGCUGGUGUCGGAAAGACUGUGCUUAUCAUGGAGUUGAUCAACAACAUCGCCAAGGCUCACGGAGGUUACUCUGUGUUCGCCGGAGUCGGUGAGCGAACCCGUGAAGGAAACGAUCUCUACCAUGAAAUGAUUGCUGGAGGUGUCAUUGAUCUCAAGGGAACCAACUCAAAAGUGUCGCUUGUCUUCGGUCAGAUGAACGAGCCCCCAGGCGCCCGUGCCCGUGUGUGCUUGACUGGAUUGACAGUGGCCGAGUAUUUCCGUGAUCAAGAGGGACAAGAUGUGCUUCUCUUCAUCGACAACAUUUUCCGUUUCACUCAAGCCGGUUCUGAAGUGUCUGCUCUUCUCGGACGUAUCCCAUCUGCUGUCGGUUACCAACCAACCCUUGCCACUGACAUGGGUCAAAUGCAGGAGCGAAUCACUACCACCAAGAAGGGAUCCAUCACUUCCGUGCAAGCCAUCUACGUGCCCGCUGACGAUCUCACGGAUCCAGCUCCAGCCACCACCUUCGCUCACUUGGACGCCACCACUGUGUUGUCUCGUGGCAUUGCUGAAUUGGCCAUCUACCCUGCUGUGGAUCCACUGGAUUCGACUUCUCGUAUCAUGGACCCCAACGUCGUCGGACAGAAACACUACGAUAUUGCCCGUGGAGUGCAGAAGAUCCUUCAAGACUACAAAUCACUCCAGGACAUCAUUGCCAUUCUCGGUAUGGACGAGUUGUCUGAGGAUGACAAGUUGACUGUGUCUCGAGCCCGAAAAAUCCAACGUUUCCUCUCUCAACCAUUCCAAGUCGCCGAGGUUUUCACUGGACACAUUGGAAAGUUCGUCAGCUUAGAGGAGACCAUCCGCGGAUUCCAAAUGAUCUUGAAAGGAGAGCUCGACCACCUUCCAGAAGUUGCCUUCUACAUGCAAGGAGGAAUCGACGAUGUGUUCAAGAAGGCUGAUGAGCUCGCCAAGACCCAUGCUGCU